GGCAGGAGGGCCGGGAAGCGAGAGUGGGACCAGGACCGGGCGGCGGGGACGAGGAUUCCAUUCAGGCAGCCGCGCCCCUGACACUGCUGCGCGGUGCCGUUACAGAUGAGCAGGGCGAGGGCGGACGAGGAAGAGUAUUGGCACAGCUCCAAGUUUCGUGCCUUCACUUUCGACGAUGAGGAUGAUGAGCUCUCACAGCUAAAAGAAUCUAAACGAGCCGUGAACAGUCUUCGGGAUAUCGUCGAUGAUGAUGAUGACCUUGAGAGGGUCAGCUGGAGUGGAGAACCUGUGGGAAGUAUCUCCUGGUCAAUUAAAGAGACAGCUUCCAGCAGCACUAGCUCAUUGGAGGGCCAUGACUCCAGCCUACAGAAGGGCUCUUCCUCCUACGCUGCUUUUCCCAAACAGGCUUCUUCCUAUUCUCUAAGCAGCCUAUUUAAAGGACGAAACAAACUUCCAAGUUUCCAGUCCCUUUCAGAUGCCCUCUCUGACACAGGAGUUAAAAACUAUGCCCCAGAGCUGCGCAGACCGAGAGCUGAGUACAAGGACUACAGCAGUGAUUGGAGCCCCAAAGAUACAGUCAUACGAAUGCAGAGGGGCAAGGUCUGCUCCCUAGAGAGAUUCCGCUCCCUGCAGGACAAGCUGGUGCUCUUGGAUGAAGCUGUGGCAGGGCAUGAUGGAAAUGUCAUUACAGCUGUCCUGAUAUUCCUGAAGCGGACUCUAAGGAGAGAGAUCUUGUUUCGGGAGCUGGAGGUGCGGCAGGUGGCCUUGUGUCAUCUGAUCCAUUUCCUCAAAGAGACUGGUGAGCAGAAGUUCCUUCUGGAUCUGCUCAGGUUCCUAGACAGAACUGAAGAAGUUGCUGUGAGUAUUCCCAGGAGGAGAAGCUCCCUUUUCUCAGUGAAGAGAGAGUGCAGUGGGCAAGGGGAUGUGGGCUGCAGGGUGUCCAGUAGUCAGGCGAGAGCUCUGCACCCCCAUUUUUCCCUCUGGGGUCUUGUACCUUCCAAAUCCAUGAGAACAGACUGUGCUCCUUUUCCCUCCCUCCAGCUGUCCCAGUACCGGGAGCAUUUGAACAUCCAGGAUGUGGAAAAAAGAAGGGAAUUUCUGAAAGGCUGCAUUGGGCUGCCAUUUUCAGCAGAGGAUACCUCCCACAUCCAAGACCAUUAUACCCUGUUGGAGCGACAGAUCAUCAUUGAGGCCAAUGAUCGGCACCUGGAGACCGCUGGGCAGUCGGAGAUAUUUCGGAAGUAUCCUCGCAAGGCUUCAAUUCUCAACAUGCCUCUAGUGACCACCCUCUUCUAUUCCUGCUUCUACCACUACACAGAGGCUGAGGGAAUGUUUAGCAGUCCAACCAACCUGAAGAAAACAUUUAAGAUUCCUGAUAAGCAGUAUGUGCUGACUGCCCUGGCUGCCCGUGCCAAGCUGCGAGCCUGGGAUGAUGUGGACGCCCUCUUCACCACCAAGAACUGGCUGGGCUACACCAAGAAGAAGGCACCUAUUGGCUUCCACCGAGUGGUGGAGAUCUUGCAGAGGAACAAUGCUCCUGUGCAGGUGCUGCAGGAGUACGUGCGCCUGGUGGAGGACGUGGAGACGCGGCUGAACCUCGCCACCAAGUACAAGUGUCAUGAUGUUGUCAUUGAGACAUACAGAGAUUUAAAGGAUCGCGUCCAGCUGACAGCAUAUAAAUGCAAGGUGGAGCGAGGCUCUGCAGAAGAAGAGAAGAUAAACAGCAUUCUCAACAACAUGCAAAUCCGAUGGAAGAACUGAGCGCCUGUGAAGCAGCCAGCUCAGCCGUUGCCUUGCCAGUGAAAGAGGAAACUGCAACACUCAGUCCAGUGCCAACAGAGCCACUGUUACUACUCAUUGCAUGAUCAACAUUUGUCAGUGACAGUGGGUGCCUGUGGCUUGUGGGACAGUGGCAUUCAGGCUGGCUGAACACAGCUGCUCCAAUGUAGCCUGUAAAACCAUGGUACUGAUCUACCAGGGGUGAUUCUUUUUGGAAUCUGAUUCUCUUUGACUUGGCUGUAAGCCAAGCAUUGCUUUUGUUUACAGAGGGAAGUUGCUGGGCACAACAAGAUUAGCAUUUGCUCUAGGUGGUGCCUGAGCCUAUUCUCACAAGAGGAACAGGUCUGUCUCGCUUGUCAUCAUGCCACCAGACAGUGCUGACCUGUCCCUGUAACACUCAGACAGGCUUGGGCACCACCAGUCAUGGCUAUGGCUGGAGUAAAGCCUAUUGGACUGUGUUCUCCCUGCAUCAAAGAGUGUAUUGGGGGAAAGGACCAGCUCAGCAGCUGCACCUUUAAACCUCUUUUUUGGGUUGUUUAUUUGUUUGGUUGUUUUUUCUUGGUUCAUUCUGGCUCACCCUAGCAAUAGAGGAGCUAUGUGAAUUCCUACAGAGAACCAGGACAGCAGCCUCUGCCAUCAUCCUUGCACUGCUAUCCUGCAACACUGGGGAGAUCCCUUUAUCGGGGCAGAGCAGGCCCCUAGUGUGGAGCUGGUCAGAGCCCUGCUGAGUUGGAUGGAGAGCAAGGAGGGACCCUACUCAGUUGGCACAAAGCUGCUUGCCACUGCAGCUCUUUUCUUUGAGAGUGUUACACCAGGAAGGAUUGAAUUGCACUUUCGUAGAAAUACAACUCCUCAGGAAACUGCUGGCUUCAUCCUUCCAGACCUCGAUUCAAUUCCUUAAAUAAAGCUGUGUCUCUUUC